AUGUGCGAUAGCCAAAUUGCAAAAGAUAUGAGCAAUAAGCUAGAGAGCAAUAAGCUAGAGAGCAAUAAGCUAGAGAGCAAUAAGCUAGAGAGCAAUAAGCUAGAGAGCAAUAAGCUAGAGAGCAAUAAGCUAGAGAGCAAUAAGCUAGAGAGCAAUAAGCUAGAGAGCAAUAAGCUAGAGAGCAAUAAGCUAGAGAGCAAUAAGCUAGAGAGCAAUAAGCUAGAGAGCAAUAAGCUAGAGAGCAAUAAGCUAGAGAGCAAUAAGCUAGAGAGCAAUAAGCUAGAGAGCAAUAAGCUAGAGAGCAAUAAGCUAGAGAGCAAUAAGCUAGAGAGCAAUAAGCUAGAGAGCAAUAAGCUAGAGAGCAAUAAGCUAGAGAGCAAUAAGCUAGAGAGCAAUAAGCUAGAGAGCAAUAAGCUAGAGAGCAAUAAGCUAGAGAGCAAUAAGCUAGAGAGCAAUAAGCUAGAGAGCAAUAAGCUAGAGAGCAAUAAGCUAGAGAGCAAUAAGCUAGAGAGCAAUAAGCUAGAGAGCAAUAAGCUAGAGAGCAAUAAGCUAGAGAGCAAUAAGCUAGAGAGCAAUAAGCUAGAGAGCAAUAAGCUAGAGAGCAAUAAGCUAGAGAGCAAUAAGCUAGAGAGCAAUAAGCUAGAGAGCAAUAAGCUAGAGAGCAAUAAGCUAGAGAGCAAUAAGCUAGAGAGCAAUAAGCUAGAGAGCAAUAAGCUAGAGAGCAAUAAGCUAGAGAGCAAUAAGCUAGAGAGCAAUAAGCUAGAGAGCAAUAAGCUAGAGAGCAAUAAGCUAGAGAGCAAUAAGCUAGAGAGCAAUAAGCUAGAGAGCAAUAAGCUAGAGAGCAAUAAGCUAGAGAGCAAUAAGCUAGAGAGCAAUAAGCUAGAGAGCAAUAAGCUAGAGAGCAAUAAGCUAGAGAGCAAUAAGCUAGAGAGCAAUAAGCUAGAGAGCAAUAAGCUAGAGAGCAAUAAGCUAGAGAGCAAUAAGCUAGAGAGCAAUAAGCUAGAGAGCAAUAAACUAGAGAGCAAUAAACUAGAGAGCAAUAAACUAGAGAGCAAUAAACUAGAGAGCAAUAAACUAGAGAGCAAUAAGCUAGAGAGCAAUAAACUGUGUCGCCUAGUGGGUGGAUGCAGGAUACUCCCGCCUGGUAUCUGCACACUCACAUUAUGCACAAUAUUCUAG